GCCAUAUCCUGUCUUCCUACCUAGACAGGUUGACUGUUUCUUAGUUUAGGGUGUUUGUUUUAAUUUUUUUAAACUGAGAGGUUGACUGUAGACAGUUAUCCUUCUGACUUUACAGCUCUUCCUCUCAUUCACUUGGACCUUCUGUGUUUUCAUCACUUGGAUUCUACUCUCUUUUUAGAUUUUCCUGCCUUGUUUUUUCAUCUCCUCUGAGCAUACCAUCCUCUCCCUUUCCCCCUUCACCCUCUCUUGUCCUCCCAUCUCUCCACCAUUCCCUCUCUCCUGGUGGUUUUCGGGCUAUGCACCAUGCUCUCUUCUCCUACAAUGAUUCUUCAGCCUUACGGACUGCCCGUCUAUCCCCAGGGUGCCCAAUGUUACCCCAGCCUAGUACAGGGAGGCCCUGGCCAGGAGGCUGGCCCCGGCAGUGGUGACCCCACCCUCCCCCAGGUCUUUGCCCAGCCUCCCUCAUACCCUCUACCAGGACAAGCUCCUCCCACACCUGCAGGCAGACUUCCUCCUCUAGACUAUAGUUCCGCCCACCCCAACUCAGAGUACCAGGAGCAUCACCAGCUCAGAGUCUAUCAGGGCCCGCAACACGAAGGGGCUGACACUCUGGCAGCCAUUAGCACGGACGAUGCCCUGGUUCCGGUGACCUCUGACUCCCAGGCUCUGAGCGUGUCAGUGUCAUCAGGGGGUGGAGCAGGAAGUGGUAGCGAUGAGGAGGGGUCAGGCAAGGCCCAGCCCAAGCGUCUCCACGUCUCCAACAUCCCCUUCCGCUUCAGAGACCCGGACCUCAGACAGAUGUUUGGGCAAUUUGGCAAGAUCCUGGAUGUGGAGAUUAUCUUUAAUGAGAGAGGGUCAAAGGGUUUUGGGUUCGUGACCUUUGAGAGCGCAAUGGAGGCAGACCGAGCAAGGGAAAAACUGAACGGAACAAUCGUUGAGGGGAGGAAGGUUGAAGUGAACAAUGCUACAGCCAGAAUAGUCACCAAGAAGCCCCAAACACCUCUUGUGAAUGGUGAGGUUUCAACCCCUGGAUGGAAGAUCAACCCUAUCAUGGGAGCGAUGUAUGCACCUGAACUCUACACCGGUGAGUUUCAAUUUGCCAGUUUCCCCUACCCAGUAGCUGCUCCCACCCUGGCCUAUCGGGGCUCACCACUGCGUGGGCGGGGCCGGGCUGUCUACAACACAAUUCGCUCAGCUGCUGCAGCCGCACCCACUGCCAUGCCCGCCUACCCUGGAAUGUCUCCUUUCAGUGUGCUGUACCAAGAUGGAUUAUAUGGAGCUGAAGUCUAUGGCGGGUAUCCUACAGCGUACAGAGUUGCCCAAUCACCAUCCGCUGCCACAGCAACAUACAGUGAUGGAUAUGGCCGAGUUUAUGCUGCUGCAACAGAUCCCUACCACCAUUCAGUGGGACCCACGGCAACAUACGGCGUCGGAACAAUGGCCAGUCUGUACAGAGGAGGAUACAACCGCUUCACGCCUUACUGAGCUGCCCAAUGGGAGCCUGGAAGCCGUUCUGUGACCCCGCCACCUCGUCCGGGAUUGGCCAGUCCCAGGACUACAACGCAGGACAGGUUAUGACAUCACUGAGCUCUGUGUCACCUCCUGUCUGACUCCCUCCACUUGGAGACGGUCAAAUCCAACCGACUGGACGUGUAAAUACUGUAGUAGCUAUUCACUAUUUAUUCUAUCAGAGAAUACAUAUAGGAUAAAGCCUGAUCUAAUGUAUAGACAGUUAUUUAAAAUCUUUAUUUUACACUUAAUCUGUAUUGUUUGUGCCACUGAUUUGUUCCAGGUUUUAAGAAUGUAAAGAUUUCUGCCUCCGUACCUGGGUUAUAAGCUACUCUUUCACUAUUCUAACAGAGAGAGUUGAAUGUGAGCCAUUUUAUUUUUCAUUGGCUGGACUUCAUGGUGAAAUACUGCAACUGAAGUGGCACAACAAUACUGGUUUCUCUACAUGGUGACCUUUGUAAAAAAGUUUUUGAUCAACGUCUGAGCUUUUGACUUUUCAUGAGUCAAAUUGUAGAGUACAAUGACAUUUUAUACAGUUAAAUUACUUAUUUUUGAUGACACUGGUUUUGUCAAUGAUGUAGCGCACUGUUUGAGGACGUUGAAGUGUGUGUGUGUGGGAGUAUGUGACGACAUCAAUACUCAAAGCACAAGCUAUAAGAGACAGCACUGGCACUGGUAUUGUUAAUGUGCACAGUAAUCUUUUUUUAAAUGCUUCUAGAACCCUAAAACUAUAAUUUGCAUAAAAUGUACGUAUGUUUUUGCUUUCCUAACAAUCUACCUCUGAUUCUAAAAAUGUUUCACUUGUCAAAAAAGCAUUCAGGAGCCAUUACUUCUCUGUCAACUAAUUAACUGUAACAAAACAUUUUUUCUUAUUUUCAUUGUUGAGCUUCUAUCCAUUUUCUCUCUGCUUUACAUAAUGCUCAAUGCUAAAUACUAGCUAUUCGACAAACUUCCCUAACCCACUUGAUCAUUUUUCUAUGGCAGCCUCAUUCUGGGUUUUACUUCGCUCUGCCUGACGAGCUUGUAAUCUCUAUGGUGCUUUCCCUUAUUUCCUCUGUCCUGUUAAACUCUAUGACGUUGUGUCUGGUUUCCUCUUCCUGUUAAACUCUAUGACAUUGUGUCUGGUUUCCUGUUCCUGUUCUCUCGCCUGCAUCUCUCCAUUCUGUUUGAGAAUCUGUGUUCCAUCCACAGAAAUAAUCAGAUGAGUUCUAGUUCUAUGGGUCAUCUCUCCUUCUCCAUCCUGUACUCUAGCUUCACUGUUGUUUAUUUGCUGUUGACCUCUCAAUAAAACAUUGUUUCUGUUUC